UUGAAACUCUCACGAACAGAGUAUUACUAUAGAUCGGAUUGAACUACUGCGUCUGUACUUGACGCCAACUCUUUAAUUCGCACUGGCAAUAAAUCCUCGAACGCCGAACGCCGGCCUCCGGCCGUCAGAAAGCCUUAACAAUGUCAUGGCUAGCUCGAUCCAUUGCCAACACUCUCAAACUCGACGAAACCGAUGACCACGAGGGAAGCGCCGUCGUUUCCAAUCUCAAUGAACGCGACGCAGAACACGAAAAACAGCAGAAUCAAAACCUCGAUCCAUCAUCAUCAUCGCCGACUUCAACUCCACGUGGCGUCAAGGAUGACAUCUCCGAGCUCACCAAAACCCUAACCCGCCAAUUUUGGGGCGUCGCCUCAUUCCUCGCCCCGCCCCCUCAGUCCGAACCCUACAAGCCUCUCCAAGACUCAGAAUCCACCACUCCCCGAGGAAAAUCAAUUUCCAGAUCCGAUCAGGAUCAAUUAGAUUCCCAAGCCAUUGGAAUAACAGGAAUCCGGAACGAUUUCGCGGAGAUUGGGGGAAAGUUUCGCAGUGGGAUAUCGAUACUGUCGAACACCAUAGCUGUGUCUGAGUUCACGAAAAUGGCGUCUGAUCUUCUGCAAUUGGGAUCGGAUAAUGAGGAAGAGGAAGGGGAAGGCAAUAAUGCUUUGUCGAGUGGCGGUGCUGUUGGGGUGACUAAUGAAGUGGUAUCUUUUGCAAGAGAUAUUGCAAUGCAUCCUGAAACUUGGCUGGAUUUUCCACUACCUGAAAGUGACGAUGAUGAUGAUUUUGACUUGUCUGAUGCUCAGCAAGAACACGCUUUAGCUGUUGAACAACUUGCCCCAAGAUUAGCUGCUUUGAGGAUUGAACUUUGCCCAGGUUAUAUGAGUGAGAGUUGCUUUUGGAAGAUAUACUUUGUGCUUCUUCACCCUAGACUGGAUAAGAAAGAUGCGGAACUACUAUCAACCCCCCAGAUAGUAAAAGCCAGGGCCUUGUUAUCCCAGGGAUUGAAGAACCGUUCCAAGGCAAAACAACAAGACUGGUCUGGGGAGGGCAGUAUUGAUGUUCAAGAUAGUUCCAACCAUCAACCCGAAGAACCCCUAUUAGUACCUAUCAAAACUGAGUAUGAUAAUGUUCCCAAAACAUCUUUUACUGAAUCUGUAACUUCCACUGCUGCCAUCGAACAUGAGAUAGAGAAGCACCCUGUCAUGAGUGCUGAAAUUGCUAUCGUUGACAAAUCGGUGAUUGAAGAAAAAUAUGUUGACCAGACUAAGGAUCAAAGUAUACUUUUUGAUUCAAGUAAUGUAUUGGUAGAGAAAGAUGAGGAUGAUGCUGAUGAUUGGUUGAAGGAAGAAAGCUCUGGAGCUGGUGCAGGUGGAGCUACAAUUCCCAUUGAGAAUGAUGAGGAUGUGUCAUUUAGUGAUCUUGAAGAGGAUGAUAUGGAUGUGCCUGCUAGCUUUAAGAAAACAAGUCACAGUCCGGACAAAGAUGCACGAGAUUGGGUUCAACUGAGAAAAAGCUCUUCUGACUUGUCUAAUAGUACGCAAUCCGGGGCCAUUGAAACUGCUGGAUCUAAGAAGGUAAUUCCCAAGAACCCUGAGUCGAAGGAAUCCAGUGAUUGGCUUGAUGUUGAUGACAUUGAUGUGGCGUGAUCUUUUAUAUAAUCAGUCAACUGUGUGUGUACAAAACAUGGUAUCUCUACAUUCUACGGGCUUGUGAAUAGUGUACUGUUAAUUUAUUUGGUGCACCUUAAGUCUUGUUAAAUUGUAUGCUGUAAAUAUACUCCUUGAAUGAGCAAUAACUAAACAUCAGGGCAAUUGAUCUGAUAAACUUAAGCAGAUCAAUAACUCAAUGGUAAAUGAGCAAUUAUGU